UUUGUGUUGUCCUCUUCCUGCUCUCUCUCUCUCUCUCAAACUGGCUCUGUGGAGCGAAGCAGCCCCAGAGGUGUCUGACAACCUUCAGCACAGCCAAAGGCGACGCUUCUGUGAUGCCACCCCACUCCAACUAUUCACCACUCUAAAUUUUCUUCAUUUGGAAAGUGCCUGAUGUGCUUUUGCGCAACAAUCUUUACACUACUAUUUUUCCAAGGAGAGAAAGUACAGGGGCGCUCAGCGCUUUUACGCAUGGAAGUUGGAAUCAGCCUCGCUACCUUUACGCAUGGCUGUGGCUCGUCUCCUCGGAGGAUGCUGCCGGGCUUAUGAGAGCGUGCCAGCGCGUCAACAGCGGAGUAAAAAGUGAGCAACGAUGCGGGGCACUGAGCUGCUGCUCGGCUACUUUCUGGUGAAAGUUAUGGUGUGCGACGCGGAGGGCGAGCCGGGGCAGACCGACGACUUCAUGAUAAUGACCGCGUUUAACGAGUCCAAGGAAGGGGAGCGCGUAGUGACGGAGAGCCCGCAUGUAGAGGACAAGUGCCGCGGCUACUACGACGUGAUGGGCCAGUGGGACCCGCCGUUCGUGUGCAUGACCGGCAGCUACCUGUACUGCUGCGGCACCUGUGGCUUCAGGUUCUGCUGCGCGUUUAGGAGCUCCAGGCUGGACCAGACCAACUGUAAGAACUACGACACCCCGCCGUGGAUGAUGACGGGCAAACCUCCGCCGAAAGUGGACGUGGCGCUGGAGUCCGCGAAGGAUAAAACCAACCUCAUCGUGUAUGUCAUCUGCGGGGUCGUGGCCAUUAUGGCACUGAUAGGGAUUUUCACCAAGCUUGGUCUGGAGAAGACGCACCGUCCGCACAGAGAGAACAUGUCGAGGGCUCUUGCGCACGUGAUCCGCCACCCAGCCUCAGAACAUACGGACGACAUCGGACUCAGCCAUCACUAUGAGAACAUACAAACCAGAGUCACAGUUAACAGUCUCCAUAGCAGCCAGCUGAACAACAUUGUCAAAACGUCAACUCUGAUAACGCAGCCUUACCCGGCAGUGGGACAGGUCACCAGCCCCUAUGAACAACAGAAGCCUGUCAAGGAUCUCAACAAGUACGCCACGCUCAAGGCUGUGGCAGAGAAAGCCAACGACGGCUUCUACAGCAACCGUCGGCAACUGAUCGAGAUGGCAACCAAGGGCAGCCUUCCUAUGGAAGCUAUGGAUAUGGAGCCAGAGCCGAGUAAUCCUUACAGCCCACCCAGACAGCUGUCCUCCAAGCAGAGUGAACACAAAUACAAAAGCCCCAAGGGCCACAGCUCCCAUUCACUGUGCUACAGCUCCAGCACUGUUGCCAGCCCAGUGGUGCUAACAUCCUGGGACAGCAAGGACACGCUGGGACUGAGACAGAGCUACGGCCAAAAGAAACUCUGCAUCGUGGAGAAGGCGCUGCACACCACCCGCUACAUGCCUCCACAACCAUACUUUGUCACCAACAGCAAGACAGAGGUGACGGUAUGAAGGACUGUUUGAACAUCAGGCUUCAAAGGAGUCUGUGAAGUACAGUAACUGCUGACUGAGGGCAGGUUUGCAAGACAGCAGCAUAGACUUCUGUCUGUAUUGGCAGUUGUGCAUGUAAUGAGGUGCAUUUCAGAUGCCACCUACAGGUGAAGUGAUCUCUAACAGGACUCGGUAGCGAUCACCGUGCCCCAGGAAGACACAGUGAUUCAUAUAUUGUCAUCAAUAUUCAUAUAAUCCAAGUGCUAAUACAAACCACAACAGCUAAAUGUAUCAUUUAUAUCAGUGAUGAGGCAUGCAACACCUACUGAGCAGCUGUCAAUAAUCACUAAGAUAUAAAAAGAAUCUGUUAUAUUAUCUAAUGUCUAAAUGAGAAAAACCUUUCAUGUUCACUGUAUUAAAUCAAGUUGUCUUUGGUUGAUUGGGUAUUGAAUCAUGAAAUGGGUUAUUAACUUUGUUAAUACUAUUUAGAAAUAGGCUGUAACAGCUUACGAUUAAAGAGUGGAAAUUAAUGCAUUAAUCCUAAAAAUGCAUAAAAUUCAGAAAACCAUCUGAAUAAAUCAAAUCAGACCAAAUUACAUUUAUUUUAUUGACUUAUCCGAAAUGAAAAGAUCCAGUUGUCUUCAGUGUGCGACAUGAGAAUGUGAAUGAGUUCAGAAAACUGUUAAAUGAGGAUAUAGAUAACAUUAUGGUAGAAUGGUUUUUAACUGUAUUAUCCUCACACACUAACCGUUACUGUGCUGUCAAUAAGAGCCCUCUCAAAAGAUAACUCACAUUUUUAUUGUUAUUCAGAAAGUAUAAGAAGACCAACAUUGUUCAAAAGUAUUAUUCAGGAACAUUAAGACAAUAAAGACAUUUCAGUCUGUGAUGACGUUAACUUAACGUUGCCUGGAGAUCCAUUUAAAUUGUGUGAACGUAGCAUCACUGUAGAUGUUUCGUCUUGAAGCGAAACAAAGUCACGGUCAACAGACAUCCUAUACAUUCCCAUGACAACUAUAGGAGAAGUAGCUGCAGAGUGUUGAAACAGUGUUGUGUUGGUGUAAUAGUGCCUCUCAUCAGUACCAGCAUGUGAGUGAUUAACCUAGAAUUUACUGUGGAGGAAGCCCCAGACCUAGAAUGGUGAUUGGUCUUAGUCAUGAGUCCUACAUCAAGCCCCCCCGACAGAAGUUGUUUUCUCUGUGAAGACUUGGUUUGCAUUAAUGUAUGCAUGCAGCAUUUUAAUCCCAAAUCUCACAUUUAAUUAAUGUAUCUGGUAUAAAAAGGAGAAAAUGUAAGUAGUAGGAGCUGAUGUGUCCAUUGUUGGAGGUUCAUUUUGAGUUGUGAAGCAAGUCAAGGUUGUUUUUGCUACACAUAUCAAUGGGUCAUAGAAAUACAUAUAUACAAGUUGUUAUACCGACCAUAGGAAACUACUGUACAACAAUAUUCAUCUGCCAUUUUGUUAACUAUUUGAACCAAGGUGAAAUAAGCCCCGUCUGCUGGGAAUCUGAAAGUUUUUGGUCGACACUUUUUAUCCCAGCUGACGAACAAAUACUGAGAACUAACAAAAACUGUUACACUGAUUUCCCAGCCAAGCAAUAUAAAGGGGUGCUCACGCCUGCCCGCACGUCUUACUCAUGCGGUUGAUUAUUUCAGGCGACCGAGGACAAAGCUGCAGUCAUCGCUGAGUGGGAAGUGGGAAUUGUUCGUACAAAGAUUUAUUUAUGUGUUCUCAAGUCCAAGUCUUACAAAACAUACAAAACAAACAUAACAAGAGCGCAAAUGUUGCAGAUUGUCAUGUUUUGGUAGCUGUUUAUAUUGUCAGACUUUCAAAAUAACUGUGAGCACUUCUUUCCAAAAUAUGUAUAUUUAGUGCACCAUACUGUCCUUUCACAUAAUUAAUAAACUGUUGGAGUGUUCAUUUCACAUUUAUAUGAAAAAAAUCUGUUAUUCACAAACUGAUUUUUUUGUAUUUAUGCAAACAAUGUUGUACAGUCACUUGUUAUGUGAAGUCAAAUGUGUUACUGAAAUCCCUUUUAUUAAGCUACAGUACACAAUAUUUACAUCUGUAAUAAUAUUCUGUUUAAUAUGUCUUUGCUUUGCAACAUCGAGUAAUGACAACCCAACAACUAUUUUAUAUUUUGAUAAAGGUUAAAGAAAAGAAACGCCCCCUAUAUGACCACACAUCUAAUACAGUUCACUGUGAUGGCUACCGAUUCUUUGUAUCACUGUUGGCUCACUAUCUGAUUAUUAAUGAGUGUUUAAUAUGUGUCUUUAUGUACAGUACCAAUUUACACUGGAGUAAGAUUCCCUUUUAAUAUGUUUACAGCCUCCAUCAGUUCCCAUCCUCCAUGUCUCCUGGAAAAAUAUGAUCGUUAAAAUGUUUUCCACAUGUCAUAAGAUACAAUCCCCGCACGCGCCAGCGUCAAAAACCUUCAGUCUCCACAUUGCCAGUUUUUGCCACAUUACUGAAUUAUUUGAAAAUAACAGCUAAACCAGAUAUUCAGUCUCAGUGCAGCCUGGAAAAGUGCAAGGUUCAUGAAACAGGUUCUGAAUGAGGUAAAACCUCUAUGGCUGCAUUUUUAGGUUUCUGUAAGAUCGUGCAUGCCAACAAUUUCAGCUUUCAUGUAUUAAAUAUAUCAUAGCUUACCUUGAACACAAGAAAUGAUUAAUGGCAAAGAGCAUCUGUAGCACAAUGUUUGUAGACUUUAUUUAACAUUCCAACUGACAGGUAAAUAAAUAGCAGUAAAUCUACUGCAGCUUUAAUUGGUUUAUUCAACUGAUUUACCUCUUUGUUUUUAACUAAAGGAAAACAAUCAUUUGGCGGAUGAUAGGUGGACAGGUGAUAGUCUCUUUUGUUGUGGUUCCUCCUUUCUAAAAUCGUGUUUCUAGCUGGUUCUACCCCCCCCUCACCACAACAGAGGGUAUCAUAACAACAUGGACGAGUGCAGCCAAAUGAACCUCUUCCAUUUAAUAUACUACAGUUUAUGUGACUUCCUGAAUUUCUGUGACCCAGCUAUAAAAAAGUGAUGUGUCAUUAUACUGUCAACAUUAAAAUUAUUUUUAAUAA